CCUUAGAUCAAUGAGCAACUUGGCCGUGUUCACGACUAUCUUGAAAAGAAUUUCAACAAGGCGUCUCGCGAUGUAUUGGCUUAUGAUAUAGAGUUUGGGGAAUGGGACAUUGACUACCUUGAAGAUGGCGGCUCGAACUUGCCUAGACGGGGCUGGAUACCAGAGGGCAUCGAAUUCAUUCACAAACCCGAGAAGGCGGCAUCCUAUGAAUACCCGAGAGGUGCCUUUCGCCGCGUGGAAACUGGGGUACAAUCAUAUGCCUCCACAAGCAUUGGUCCUCCACCCUCACACCACAAUCCUUCGCCGAUGCGCCUAUGUCUUUUGGGAUUUAGCACGUAUUCAGCGCUACCAGUUGCUCCCAAUAUUUGAUAAGUUAUCAGAAAGCCCUAUGCAAUUGGAGUGGGUAUGGGACAGGGCCGAACAGGAGGCUAUGAGUCACUCCUGGGAAGAACGCUCAAAGAUAUAUCAGAAGGGCGGGAGAGGGUAUUGGAAUGGUGACGAUUCAAAUCGAAGCGAGUGACGAUGAUUAGCAAGAAGCAUAGAAUCUCACAAUCCCCCAAGAAACAUAGACUAGUCGCUCUCUCGACGUCUCAAAUACACAGUGGCAUGUAUUGACAGAGUUAUAAAGAAGCUGGAGUGGAUUUUUCGGGAGUUUAUCAAAAGGUUUCAUAAGAGUUAACUGUACGUACAAUUGGACCGACCGACUUCCUAAUUUCUGCGGUAUGUCAAUACGUAUCAUAAACACAAUGACUGAAUGGCAUUAUCAUACAUAUUGAAAUGCAUGCCUUGUGAAAGAUAAUUGCAAGUUUUAAGACCGAAGUCUGCAGUAACCGCGCUUACGAGGUGCUCAGU